AUGAGCACUUUCAAAGUGCCCAAGUCCUCAAAAAGCGAACAGAAAUCCAGGGAUACAGGGAUUCAAUCUGGCGACCUCGUCUUGUUGAGACUACCCAAAGGGGACAUCAAAAGUGUGAAAGUGGAGAAAAAUACGACUGUUGUCGUCGGGAAAUUCGGAUCCUUCCACGCAAAUGAACUUAUUGGACAACCGUACGGGUUGACCUAUGAAAUUGCCGGCAAAAAGCUCAAAUAUCUACCACCUCGCACUCUGGAGGAUGUCGAGGAUACUGACGCCAACAACGAGCUCAUCAACGACGGAGAGUUCGUCCAACCUCUAACAGGGGAAGAAAUAUUAGCCCUGAAGAAAACUGGCGUUCAUGCUUCUGACAUCAUCAAGAAGCAAAUAGAUCAACACGCCAAUUAUGCUCUGAAGACGGAGUAUAGUAAAGACAAAUACAAGAAGAGGAAGGAAGCGAAGUAUUCCAAAGUGUUCUCGACUAUUGAACCAACUUUGUACAAUGUCGCAGAAUACUGGUGGCUCAAGGAUCAGAACCGACUUCGCGAUCUACGCAUUGACUCCCUAUCCCAAAUGCUCAAUCUCGCCAAUAUUCGACCCGGAGGAAGAUAUUUAGUGGUGGAUGACGCUUCUGGCCUGCUCGUUGCUGGAAUACUAGAACGCAUGGGAGGCGAAGGGAACCUCCUCACGAUCUGCAACAAUGACUCCCCUCCAGCGUACCCCAUCGUUAGCCAAAUGAACUUUGAACCAUCCGUAACGGAUGUUCUCAAGUCUCUCAACUGGGCAACAGCAGAAGAGGACUAUACACCCAUUCUCGCCCCUUCUGACAUACCCGACGACCAAGUCAAGUCGGACCGGCAAAAAAAUCGACUGAGUAAACGGAAGGCCAUUUCUGACUUGCUAUCCAAUACUCGAGAAGACUUAUUCUCUGGAGAGUUCGACAGUCUCGUGAUAGCAAGCGAGCAUGAGCCCUAUUCCAUUAUUGAGCGAUUGUCACCAUACCUCGGUGGUUCUGCCUCUGCCGUGGUUCACAGCCCUUAUCAACAAAUCGUCGUGGACCUACAGGCAAAACUACGGAACUUGCCCGAAUGGCUAUGUCCUAACGUCACAGAAGCUUGGCUGAGACGCUACCAGAUUCUUCCUGGUCGUACGCACCCCAUGAUGGCGAUGUCAGGUUCCGGAGGCUUCCUCCUACAUGCAAUCAAAAUUUACGACGACCCGACCGCCGAAGCCGCCCUCAUGCAGCGGAGAACGAAGCAUAAAAGGCCCAACCCGACGGCAUCGUCUGAAGAGCCUGAAAAGUCGACUCCUAGCUCAGGACAAGAUGGAAAGGACAACGACACAGACGUAGAAAUGUCCACAGAAAACAUCACCACUAGUUGA